AUGUCACAGUUAUCAAAUGAUAAUGGAUUUGUUAUUUAUGUAGAUAUUAUUGAAGCAAAAUUAACUGAAGAAUGUCAUUGUUUUGUUGAAUGCAAUAUUAAUAAUGAAAUAUUGAGAACUAAAUUAUCACAAAAAAGUAUUAACCCAACAUUCAAUUUUCGUGCAGGUCCAUUAACUUCAUCAAAGAAAUUAAUUUUUUCUUUAUUUAAAAUUAAACGAUUUGGUAAAAAACCAAUAGAAGUUGGAUCAAUUAUUAUGAAAACAUCUAAACUUGGAAUUGAUAUUCCAAUAGAUGAAUGGAUUUCAGUUGUUUCUCCUAAAGGUAUUGUUGCUGCUUUACAUUUAAGAUUAACUAGAUCUGAAUUGACUAAACCUCCACGGGUUAAAAAAGUUGGUGAACGUUGGGUAAUACUACGUGCAUUUGAUCGUUUUUUUGAAGAAUCUCCUAUUCCUUUACCUUCAAGAAAAAAUUAUUUACAUAUUUCUAAAACUAAACAAAAACCAAAAGUAUUGUGUUCUCCAAAUGGUAUGUUUCUUGGUGUUGCAGCAAUAGGACUUUGUGAUGUUAUGGAAGAUUUAAAAAUUUAUUUUAGAGAUGAAGAAACUCCUCAAACUGAUCCAUUACUCAUUCCUUUUUCUGGAGAAAUUAAAGAAAUGUAUCCAUCUCAGUAUGAUAAAAUACCGUCUAAUAUUUGGCUUUUUUGUUUUCCUGAUGGACUUAGAUUAUCAGAAUUUCCUAUAGAAGCAGAAUUAAAACCAUUUGUUAUGACAGAUGCUGAUGGAACAUGUAGAUAUGCUAUGUUCUUAGUUAGUUAUGAAAAGAUGAAUGAAAGUGAAUCAAAUGCAUUAUGUAAACGAUUAGAUUGUAAAAUUAAAGAAUUAUAUUUCCCAAGAGCAUUAGCUUUGUUUUGCGAAUAUCCGUUAUUUAAUGAAAUGAGUGAAUGGUUAUGGGGAAUUUAUAAUAAAAAUUUUUUAAAAUGUGGGAAAAUAGGUAAUAAUGCAGUUUUUGAUGCAUUUGAUUCAAUUUUUAAUAAAACACAACCAAUUGCAUUAGGAAAUUCUCAAGAAGUUCAAAUUCAUCAAAAGAAAAUAACAAUAACAUUUCCUAAAGUAAAUGAUUUACCAUCGUCACCAUUUAUUCUUGGAGAAUUAUUUUCUUAUUUUAAUAAGACUACAAUUAUACAAAUAUUGAAUUAUAUUCUUCUUGGUGAAAGAAUUGUUUUUACUUCAUCAAAUAAUUCAUUAUUAGUAAGAACAAUUGAAAAUUUUAAAUUAUUACUAUUUCCAUUACAAUGGGUUUGUGUUUGUGUUCCAAUUCUUCCUAGAAUAUUAUUAGAAUAUUUAACUUCACCAUUUCCUUAUAUUCUUGGACUUCCUAGUUCAUAUAGAGCGGAAGCAGAUACAAUUUUUAAAGAAGAAGAAUUAAUUCUUAUUGACAUUGACAAUAGUGUUAUUCAUAGUUCUAUAAAACAUGUUACUCCAGACCUUCCAUCUUCAAUUACAAAUACUCUUUUUGAAGAUUUACUUCAAAUUACUAUUAUUGAUUUUGAUUAUUCAUCAAUGGAUCCAUGGAAUCCACCAACACCAUCAAAUAUAUCAAUACAAUUAUGUUUUUUUAAAGCAGUGAUUCAAUUGUUAUUAAAUUAUAAACAAUUUAUUGGAUAUACUUGGAUAUCAAAUGAAAAUAUUAUUAUUCAUUUUAAUGAUGAUCAAUUCAUUUUAUCACACCCACCAGAACAAAUAGAUUUCUUAAAAUCUCUUACUGAAACGCAGUCUUUUAAAUUCUUUUGUGAAAGUUAUUCUAAAAUUACAUGUUCUAUUGUUAAUGAAUGGAUGGAAAAAAAUAUUUAUAAAAAUAGUAUUUUAACUCUUACUAAAUUUUAUAAAGCAACAGAAGAACAUCCUUUAAUUUUUAACAAAGUAAAAGACCCAUUUAAGUUGAGUGAUAUCCAUAUUGAUACUUUUGGGUUAUUAAAUAAUGUAAGAAAAAAAGAAGUUAAAAAACCAAUUAUGUAUUCUUAUUGUCUUGAUUGUUUAAAAGUUCAAAUAAUAAAUAAUAAAAUAGAACCAAUUGUUGGUUCAAAAUUUAUUGACAAAUUAAUUAAAAUGAAUAAUAACGGAUCUCCAAUUCCAGAAAUUGGAAUGCUUUUUAAUGAUCUUAGUGAUAUUAAACAAAGAUAUAAUUUUUUAAAUUAUCUUCAAACAAAACAACAUUGUUUUAUUUUAAAAGAAUUUGGUCCUGGAAAUGUUACAAAAGAAUGUGCUUUAAUAUUAAUAGAAAUAUUUAAAACAAUUGGUAAGUUUUGUGUAUCACAACAUGACAGAGUAUGUGCAGUACUAAUGCUUCAAAUAUCACUAGAAUUAUGUAGAAUAGAAAAUAUUGUUCAAGAACCAUUAUGUAUUGCAUUAAAUGGAAUGCCAUUAUGGGAAGAUUCUAUGAUUUGGAUACAAUUAUAUUAUCAAAAAAUAAAUGAAUCUAAAGCCAAAGUAUUAAAUAUUAAAAUUGAAGAAUUAAAAAAUAAAAUUCCAUUAUUAUCUUUUGAAGAAAGAAAAAAACUUGUUGAGAAAGAAAAUCAAGAAGCUAUUGGUAUUAUUCAUGAAAUAGCAAAAACAAUGAAAGAUAUGAAUAUGUCAAAUGAUUUUAUUAAUACAUUUGUUGCAAGAAUAAGUACAAUGUUACCAUUUUCUGACACUAAAAGAGAUGAUUUAAAAUGUAUUAUAAAUGUUAUAACAAGAAUCUCAAUAAUUCCAGAAACAUUUGAAUCAGAUAAUAUUUAUGACUCUAUCUAUUUUUAA